AUGGGUCUAAAGCUUUAUAGGUCAUCUGCGUCAUACAAUCCAGUUGUAUAUUCUUUACUUAAUAUUCUUAUUCAUAAUAAACAAGCAAAAGCAUUCGUUUCUGAUCAAGCAAUUGAAAUGGCGUUAGAUGAAAUGAAAGAAUUUGAUCAAAAAACAGCAUCAAAUAAUGAACAAUUAUUACGUCAACUAAUUUAUGAUACUUAUUGUAAAAAUAAUGAAAGCAAUUGUUUACGUUCGAAUCGAAACAAACACAAUCAUGUAACACCAGAUCUUGCACAAAAAAUUGUUUUAACACUUGAUGAUUAUUUUACAGAUGAUAGUCAAGAUCAUCAUCCAACAGCCAUUGUGUAUAAUGGAAGCAAAGACUGA